GGCGGCGAUUCAUAUCGCCCAAAUGUUCCCCAGGGCGACUUUACGUUUCGUGUCCAGAAGCCAGCUGGCAUCGCCAACUCUGCGCCUGCCGGCCAGCCGUCGUAUCCACGGCAUCCGCGACGAGACGCACGAGGCGGGAGGGGGGAUUUCCCCCCCCGAAGAAAUGGCAGGCCGCGCUGGCAGCCCCCGCCCCAUCACUCGGAGCGCGCCCUGAUAGCUGGCAAUGCCACUAACCUGCCUGAAGAGAGCCUCUACAGCGGCGAAGGCGCCAAGUACCGUGACGUGGACGAGCUGUCGGACGACGACGAGCGGGACAUGGACAUUUCGUCGCAAUCGGAGACGGAAGAACCUGCGAAGAAAAGGACGCGCACCGCUGCGGCCGAUGAGUCCGGCGAUGCAGCCCCCAAGUGGUCCAACCCAGAUCCGUACACGGCGCUUCCCUGCCCGGACGAGUCCACCCGCAAGAAGCGAGACGUGGUGAAGCUGAUUCGCAAAGCGAGGCUGGAAGAUAGCGCAGCCAAGCCAGCCGCGCCAACCGAGGCUGAAGACUUUCUCUCUUUUGACUUUAGCGACGACGAAGCCCAGAGCCACGAGGACCAGGACGACAGCAAACCUGCUAGCAAAGCCGCUGCGGCAUCCAAGCCACCAGCCCCGCCGCCUGAUAAAGUUGAACUUUCCAGUAAAGUUCUGGGCAAACUGCCACCACCACCGCCGCCUCCCUCAGCAACUGCCUCGAGCAACAGGCCUUGGACUGCAGGUAUUAAUACGCACUCUCUGCCGCCCAAACCUGCCGCACCUCAAGGCUCUGCAGACCCUGGUCCCCUAGGCUCUCGCAAACGGACUUACGACGACGAAAUCAUCGAACCGCCUGAUUACAAGCUGAACAAAGGCAACAUGGGACCUUCCAGAGGACACAUCGUCCCCGAGUGGAGAGUCAAGGAUGACGAAGAGCGCUGCCCAUGGGCAACCACCGACCAUUCUGCGACAACAGAUAUGGCUUUCCGGUUGCACAAGGAGAUUGUUGAUUUUUAUGAGUUUGUCAAGCCCCGUGACUUUGAGGAGAGCAUCCGUGCCAAGCUGGUGGACAAUUUGCGUCAGGCCAUGAAGAGGGAUGGCCGGAACUUCGCCAAUGCCCAGCUUUUCCCGUUUGGCUCUUUCGUCUCGGGCCUCUAUCUGCCCACCGCCGACAUGGACGUGGUCGUGUGCUCUGAAAGCUUUAUGAAAGGCGGCGAUGCCACGUACCUCAGCGCCAAGAACUGGCUGUACAAGUUCCGCAAGUUCCUGACCUCCCAGCGCAUUGCCAAUUUCGAUUCGAUCGAGGUUAUUGCCCACGCCCGAAUCCCACUGGUCAAGUUUGUCGACAAGGCUACGGGCCUGCGAGUGGACGUGUCCUUUGAGAACCUUGGCGGAGUCAGGGCGGUUGAGACGUUUCAGCGCUGGAAGAAGGAAUAUCCAGCAAUGCCUGCGCUCGUCACCGUCAUCAAGCACUAUCUGCUCAUGCGCGGCCUGAACGAGCCCGUUAACGGGGGCUUGGGCGGCUUUACCGUCAUCUGUCUGGUCGUCAGCAUGCUUCAGCUCAUGCCCGAGGUCCAGAGCGGCUCACUCAUCCCGGAACACCAUCUCGGCGAGAUGCUCCUCGAGUUCUUCAGGCUGUACGGUCGCGACUUUAGCUGGAGGACAAACGCAAUUUCUCUUGUCGAUCCUGUUGGCUAUAUUCCCAAGAACAAGGUCGCCUCUUUCGUCUACAAGAACAAGGACCGCCUCUCCAUUGUCGAUCCCAACAACCCGGCCAAUGACAUUGCCGGCUCUUCAUCCAAUAUGGCAGUCGUUCAGCGUUCCUUUAGGGAUGCACUCGACGAUCUACAAAGUCGCAUGCAUGAUAUUGGCGCAGAUCCUUCAAUCGGCAACAUCCUUGAGGUGCUUUUCGCAGGCGAUUACUCCUCGUUCAGAAAGCAACGAGCCUACCUCCAACUCGUCCACGACCGGCAAACCCGAAAUCGCCGCCGCUAG